CCCUCCCACCCUUCUUCGAACCUCGUACAACAUCUGCCCGCCCAUGACACCCCUCCAAAUGUUUCAACAUUCUCCCAGGGAUAGACUCGACGUGUAAUUAUGGUCGCCGACACUUUGUGGUGUCCAUGAGAGGCCCAAUCAUGACUGUCGCAACGCAACCCUGAGUGCCGUAACUCCAUACCCAACACCAUCCACCGUCAUGGCUCCCUCGAACCUGUUCGCACAUUUCAGACCCGGCCAUACGAAACGCAAUGCCUCGAGCACCAGUCUGCCUUCGCCAAGUGCGCCCAAUUCCAUAAUAGCUCCACUCCCAUCCGCAACACCGCGUGUCAUCGACAACAUUGCCUCUCCACGAACGCUAGACCAUGCAAAUCAUGCCUCCGUAUCGCCCAUUUCUCCUUACCCCCCGCAACUUCCACCGAUUCCCCGAGUAGCUUCGCAAUUAGACAAUGAGGGAAGACACUCGAGGAAAUACCUCAUUAGCGCUAGACCACCGGAGACAAUGCUGGACCCCGUCAAGAGCAUCCCAUAUAACGGAGGAGACGUCGACGACGUCGCGGUAAUAUCAGGCGAAAACACCGGACAGAGAAUGCAAAUCCCGCCAUCAGCCCCAUAUGCACAAUUCCCUACAGAGAGGCCGCGGACGACGUCGUCGUUGCUGUCCCCACCGAACCUCGCUUCCGACCAUCCAACCUCCCACACGUCUCCCUCACCAUUACCGUCACCGUCAAAUAUCGCCUCCAAUUAUACAAAGCACUCCAAGUCUCAGGCAUCUCUCCUCGGCGGUUUGAGCGAGAAGUUCUCUGGCGCAACUAAAUCCUCCAGCACCCCCAGUACACAGACUCUAAAGUCCGGUAAGUCAAGGCUGAACCUCCGUAAUCCCAUGUCUCUCUUGAUGCGCCGCCGAUCUGGACAACCUAUACAAAGCCUCUCAGACGAGUCGUUGGUGAGCCGCCUGUCCCCGUCGAACAUACCUCCGAUACCCGAUAACUACGAUCCCAGUAUUCGUGGUCGCAUAGUGCACGAUUUCAGUGCCCCUAGGCCAAACCGCAAUUUUUCGUAUAAUGUCACCCACGCCGGUGACGAGGAUCGGGGCGAAUCUGGGAGGUAUAGUCCCCAAAAGACUGAACGCGAGCAUACACCAAUCUUCAAAGAACAUUUCGAUGAUGAUACGAGCUAUGAGCAAUCUCAAGCAGCUAUACGUGCGGAGACACUAGCGAACAACGAGUUCUUAGCAAGAAACACUGUUCAAUCGCCUCCCUCGCGUCCGCCACCGGAAGCUCCAUCUAGAAGACCUCCUCCCGUUCCAAGUGAUUCACCUGCUCCUCAUCCAGAAUUGGAACGGGAAGCAUCCACGCAGGCUCCAUCGACCAUUCUGUCCCCAGUCCAGGAAGCUCCUAGCCCCACGGACGGUUCGGCAGAGUGUACGCCCAAGAAGCGGACUUCGAGAACAAAAUCUCAAGCCACCUCACGAUCGCGGGGAACCUCGCUCUCGGAGUCGUCCUUCGUACCCGCUGGUCUGCCCGCACACUUCACGAGCAGGGCAUCUCGAUUCAGCUUUCAGAUUGGGGGAGGAGAGUCGACCCAAGAGAAGAUGCUCGAGGAGAGGCAUAGGCGGAAAGCCGCUGAGAAAGCCGCCAAUCAAUUCCCGACUUCGCUUGAUGAAGAGUAUGAUGGGUACGACAUGGACGAUUAUGACAUGGACGGCGACAUGGAGGAGGAGAUCCCAAUGGUCGGAGACUACGGGAAGUGUGAAGCGAUGAUGCUGGGUUCAGAGGCAUCUGGCGCCAUGGAGGGAGGAACUCCAAUAACUGGCGACGCCGAAGCGCCUGAAGUCAUGCUCCUUAGUGCAGACGUAUCGGCGAGCACGGUAGUCGCCACUGACUUACAGGCUAGCAUUUCCGCGACUGCAUCCAAAGCCAAUGGUGCAUUACAUCGCUCGUACAAUGCCGAAGGCUUGUCUAUUACCAGGUCGGGACAAAUACAUCAAAAAGAUCUGCCAUCGCUUCCUGAUCGGGCUACAGAAGAUCUCAAUCAAUCUUCAAUUCCACGGAACAGUGGUCAAAUGCCAUUGUCUUUACCAGACGCGGCCGGGGAGAGCAGCAUUCUCGAGUCGGACCAUGAAGCGCUCGAGGACGAUCUUUAUUUCGACGAUGGGAUGAUACAAGAGCAAGGGCUUACUGCCGAAGCGGCGGAUUUUGACGAAAACGUCUUUGACGAUCCAUCCGGGCCUCUGUUUGCUCGCAAAAUUGAGCCAUCUACCCAGAAAGAUCGCCGCAGUACCCUUGCCUCGAAUCCUGCAAAUAGCGCCCCGGCCGAGGGGUUGGACCAAGAUGAAGAGCAAAGGCAUUCUCAUCCUGGAGUGCGUACCUGUGCCGACACAACGCCUCAAAAUGUUAGCAUUAGUGCCUACCAUAGCGCGUUGGCCGAAGCCGCACAACGUGCAGAGGCAGAGGGUCGCUUUGCACGCAAGCCCAGCGUGGAUGCAGUCGAGAGCCCUGAAACGCAGGACGGUUCGUCUAUGAGCGGUUCGCGACCUAGUCUUGGUCCGGACGAUAAUCGUGUUAGUCAUGAAACAGCUGGCUUUUCCUACGACGACGCUCUUCUUGGGGUGAAUUCCAGUUUCACCGAUAGCUACGACUAUAGCGAUUUCGAUGAUACGGGCCUGGAAGACGACCCAAUGAUUGCCGAAGCAAACGCAGAGGCGUUGGCCAAUGACUUUGAAGGAUUCUAUGGUCGUGAGUUUGGUUUCUACGCCAGUGGCCCACCAGACUCGUUCGGCGCAUACGGUGGCUACUUUGGGUCCUCAAAUCUCGGUAGAAGCAUGAGCGGACGCAAUGCCGUUCAAGAGCCAACGCUUACGCCUAUUACGGAGCGCACGGAGAGCGCUCGAAAUUCAGUCACCAGUCUCAAUCGUCUCUGGUUAGAUGGCCAGACACCGUCAAGUCCUGGCUUGCUCCAACUUGCACGCAUGAGUCCUUACGGCUGGUCAGACGCUGACCCUACUAUGACGUUUGAAGGGCUGAAAAGGCUGCGCAAAACCACAUUUGGGAGCACAACCAGCCUGUCGAGUUCGACUGGUAACAGUCCGCGCAAUCACAGCCCCAUGGGCGUGCAGUAUGUUCCUCGGAACGCAAGUGCGAUGUCCAAUUACCCUAUUCACCCAAACUACUCGUCAGACACCCUAGCAGACGCUAACGAAGAAUCGCAAGAGGAUACCCCACAAUACUGCUCACAGCCUUUUUCUCCGAUAAUACCGGAAGUCUACAAUCGCGACGACGGCAUCCGUGGAUCUAGGCCAGAGAGCCCAACGCUUACCGCAGACAGCUAUAACGCUGCCUUUGGCGGCUGGCUCCAGCCCGAGCCGAAGGCUCCAAUGCUGGAACCCUCUCCCGAAUUACCAUCGCUUGGAAUGUUUGAACAGUCCCUAGAGGCUCUACGUAUCGAUACUAGUCCUUCGUCGCCUGCUAUGGCAUCUUCGUCGGAUGCUGCGGCUCGUCGAUCUUUGGGUUUGGUGUCUCCCGUCUCAACAUCAAGUCCUGUCACUCCAGGAGGCAGCUGGAGACCGACCCACAGUCGCAAGACAAGCACAGCCGAUAGCGUCACGUAUGUACGUGAGCACGACGACGAUUCUGGUCAGGACAGGUGGGUCCUUGAGAAGAGACGUACCGUUGAGAACGGAGAGCUUGAACUCAUUGGAAGAGAAACCGUCCGUGGUACGAUUUGAACAAGGAUUGAGUUUUGUGGCUCCUGGCCUUGUUGAAGAGGCCUUUGGCGCCUCAUGGUAAUAAUGUCUAAGACGAUUACACUAGUCAACGCAUUGUACUUGAGUUGUAGAGCCCCAUCGCCUCUGGUCCCCUGUUGCCCUAUUUCUUCUCUGCAUGGAUUGCAUGGCAUGGCGUAUCGUAGCGUAGCGUUUCUGUAGAUUAUUGGUGUUUCUGGGCAGGGCGGCACUUAAUGUAAUACCUUUUGGGCUUGACAAAUGGUAAUCGACAAGACGAAGAUAUGAAAUAGGAACUAGGCUUGAGCCGGUCUUGGCUAGAAAAAGAUGAAGGGUACGCUACUGAGGAUAAGAAAACACAUCUCGCUCCGUCUUAUGAAGCUCAUGUAGUCUGAUUCCUCCGGCAUAAUCAAGUAUUGAAGCG